CAAAUGGAGGCUUUUGAGCCCUCGUUUCUCAAAAGGCGGGAAAGGCGAACUACACCUCCCGGCGAGCCGCGCGCGCUUGCGCCUGCGCCCUGGUAUCUGUCGCCAUCUUGCCCCUUCUGAGGCACCGCAAACAAACCUAAUUCCUGGUGUCCCCUAGUCUUGGCGGAGGAGCCUUUUAGAUGAGCCCCGAAAGGCCGGGCAGGGAGGACAAGCUCUUUGGGGCUUCCAAACAGAAGCAGCAAUGCCUGUUGUGUGGCCAACCCUUUUGGAUCUCAGCAGGGAUGAAUGCAAACGGAUUCUUCGAAAAUUGGAAUUGGAGGCAUAUGCUGGAGUUAUCAGUGCACUUCGGGCACAGGGGGAUCUCACCAAGGAAAAGAAAGAUCUUCUCGGAGAACUCUCAAAAGUCCUUAGCAUCUCAACAGAACGCCACCGUGCUGAAGUUCGGAGAGCAGUAAACGAUGAACGGUUAACAACAAUUGCACAUAAAAUGAAUUUAUCCUUAUAUUUGGGUGAAAGACCAAGUUACAGUAUGUCUGGACCUAAUAGUUCUUCAGAAUGGUCCAUCGAAGGGCGUAGAUUGGUACCACUGAUGCCCCGACUGGUUCCCCAAACUGCCUUCACUGUAACAGCAAAUGCUGUGGCCAACGCAGCUGUCCAGCACAAUGCAUCCCUUCCUGUGCCUGCAGAGACAGCAAGCAAAGAAGUAGUGGUUUGCUAUUCCUACACAAGUACCACGUCAACCCCAACCUCUACCCCUGUUCCAAGUGGCAGCAUAGCGACGGUUAAGUCUCCACGGCCUGCCAGUCCUGCCUCCAGUGUAGUUGUCUUGCCAAGUGGAAGUACUGUGUAUGUCAAAAGUGUUAGCUGUUCAGAUGAAGAUGAAAAACCCAGAAAACGCAGGCGAACAAACUCUUCUAGCUCCUCUCCUGUUGUCCUGAAGGAAGUUCCCAAGGCUGUUGUUCCAGUCUCAAAGACGAUCACUGUGCCCGUGAGUGGCAGUCCCAAGAUGAGCAACAUCAUGCAGAGCAUCGCCAACUCCCUACCACCCCACAUGUCACCCGUGAAAAUAACUUUCACCAAACCAUCCACACAGACGACCAACACAACAACACAGAAGGUUAUUAUAGUGACCACAUCACCAAGUUCAACCUUCGUGCCCAACAUUCUCUCCAAAUCCCACAACUAUGCAGCAGUCACUAAACUUGUACCAACAUCAGUCAUUGCGUCCACAACUCAGAAGCCACCUGUUGUUAUAACUGCAUCACAGGCCUCUCUGGUCACCAGUAGCAGCAGUGGCAACAGCAGUUCUACGCCAUCACCUGUUUCUAGUACAGUUGCAGUAACAGCUGUGGUAUCUUCUACACCAUCUGUGGUCAUGUCAACAGUAGCACAAGGUGUAUCUACAUCAGCCAUCAAAAUGACAUCGACAAGACUGCCUUCCCCCAAAAGCUUAGUGAGUACCCCUACCCAGAUUCUCGCACAGUUUCCUAAACAGCAUCAGCAGUCUCCUAAACAGCAGUUACAUCCAGUGCAACAGCAGACACAGCAGCCAGUGGCCCAGCCUUCCUCACAGCAGCCACAGCAGCAGCCGCAGCUGCCUCAGCAGUCACCGUUGCCACCUGGGAUCAAACCUACCAUCCAGAUCAAACAGGAGUCAGGUGUUAAAAUCAUCACACAGCAGGUUCAACCAAGUAAAAUCUUACCCAAACCAGUGACUGCAACUCUACCCACCAGUAGCAAUUCCCCAAUUAUGGUGGUUAGCAGUAAUGGUGCAAUUAUGACAACUAAACUGGUAACUACUCCUACUGGUACUCAGGCAACCUAUACCCGGCCAACCGUGAGCCCAUCCUUAGGUCGUGUAGCCACAACCCCUGGAGCUGCAACUUAUGUGAAAACUACCAGUGGUAGCAUCAUUACUGUAGUACCCAAGUCAUUAGCUACCUUGGGAGGCAAGAUAAUUAGCAGUAAUAUUGUUUCUGGAACGACUACCAAAAUCACUACAAUCCCAAUGACUUCCAAGCCCAAUGUGAUUGUUGUACAAAAGACUACAGGAAAAGGAACGACCAUUCAAGGCCUCCCUGGCAAAAACGUUGUCACAACAUUGCUAAAUGCUGGAGGAGAAAAGACUCUUCAGACAGUGCCAACUGGAGCGAAGCCAGCUAUAAUUACUGCUACAAGACCCAUCACCAAAAUGAUUGUAACACAGCCCAAAGGAAUAGGUUCCACAGUCCAGCCAGCAGCUAAAAUCAUUCCAACAAAAAUUGUCUAUGGACAACAAGGGAAAACACAGGUCCUCAUUAAACCCAAACCAGUGACAUUUCAAGCUACAGUUGUUAGUGAACAAACAAGGCAGCUGGUAACAGAAACAUUACAGCAAGCAUCCAGGGUAGCAGAGGCCGGGAAUUCAUCUGCUCAGGAAGGAAAAGAAGAACCCCAGGGUUACACAGAUAGUAGUUCCUCUUCCACGGAGUCUUCCCAGAGUUCCCAAGAUUCCCAGCCUGUAGUUCAUGUAAUUGCUUCCCGGCGUCAGGAUUGGUCAGAACAUGAGAUUGCAAUGGAGACUAGCCCCACCAUAAUAUAUCAGGAUGCAUCCAGUGAAUCACAGUCAGCUACUUCAACAAUCAAAGCCCUGUUAGGACUCCAACAGACAACAGUAAAGGAAAAAUUGGAAUCUAAACCAAGACAACCCACUAUUGACUUGAGUCAAAUGGCAGUACCUAUUCAGAUGACCCAGGAAAAGAGACAUUCUCCUGAGAGUCCAUCCAUUGCUGUGGUAGAGUCAGAACUAGUUGCUGAAUACAUCACCACUGUCAGCCAUCGCUCCCAGCCCCAACAGCCUUCCCAGCCCCAGCGGACCCUGCUCCAACAUGUGGCUCAGUCACAGACUGCAACACAGACUUCGGUGGUGGUAAAGUCCAUCCCAGCGUCUUCCCCUGGAGCAAUCACCCACAUUAUGCAGCAGGCAUUAAGUAGUCACACUGCUUUUACUAAACACACUGAGGAACUUGGAACCGAGGAGGGUGAGGUUGAAGAGAUGGACACGUUGGACCCUCAGACAGGUCUGUUUUACCGGUCUGCCCUGACUCAGUCACAGUCAACUAAACAACAAAAACUUAGCCAGCCCCAGCUGGAACAGACUCAGCUGCAAGUGAAAACUCUGCAGUGCUUCCAGACCAAACAGAAGCAGACCAUCCACCUGCAAGCAGACCAACUCCAGCACAAACUCACGCAGAUGCCCCAGCUCUCCAUCAGGCAUCAGAAACUGACUCCUCUCCAGCAGGAACAAGCACAGCCCAAGCCAGAUGCACAGCACACACAGCAUCCUGUGGUGGCCAAAGACAGACAGCUUCCUACCUUAAUGGCUCAGCCCCCGCAGACUGUAGUACAGGUGCUUGCCGUGAAAACCACACAGCAGCUUCCUAAACUGCAGCAAGCUCCGAACCAACCAAAAAUCUACGUGCAGCCCCAAACUCCCCAGAGCCAAAUGGCGCUCCCCACCUCAUCAGAGAAACAACCCACAAGCCAGGUGGAGCAGCCAAUUCUAACCCAAGGAUCCUCUGUUACAAAGAUAACAUUUGAGGGGCGCCAGCCUCCCACAGUUACAAAGAUAACUGGUGGCAGUUCUGUUCCUAAGCUGACUUCACCAGUUACAAGCAUAUCUCCCACUCAGGCCUCUGAGAAGACAGCAGUGUCAGACAUUUUGCAGAUGUCUUUGAUGGAAGCUCAGAUUGAUACAAAUGUAGAACAUAUGGUAGUGGAUCCCCCAAAGAAGGCUCUAGCCACCAGUGUGCUCACUGGCGAGGCCGGAGCUCUGCCCUCCACCCAUGUGGUGGUGGCAGGGAUGACGAAAUGUAGAGAGUCCUGUUCAAGUCCAUCCGCUGUUGGCCCUCCCCUAACGACCAGAAAAAUCGAAGCGGCAGGAGUGCCCACGACAGGCCAGUUCAUGCGUAUUCAGAAUGUAGGCCAAAAGAAUGCUGAAGAGAGCCCAACAGAAAUUAUCAUCCAGGCCAUUCCCCAGUACGCUAUUCCUUGUCACUCCAGCUCCAACGUGGUGGUGGAGCCCAGUGGCCUCCUGGAGCUGAACAACUUCACCAGUCAGCAGCUGGAUGACGAUGAGACAGCAAUGGAGCAGGAUGUAGACAGCAGCACAGAGGAUGGAACUGAGCCCAGCCCUUCUCAGAGCUCUGCUGACCGGUCCUAGUGUUCAGACACCGGAGUGCACUUUAAAGCCUGCUUGGUUACCAAGUGUCCAGGGAACCUUAACAUUUGUUGUAUAUAAAAAAAAGCACUUUGAUCAGACUUAGGCUGGGGACCUAGAAACACAGUGUUUCCGUGAUGCUGCUGCAGGAGCAGUUUUAACAAGAUAAAACUCACAGAGGAAUGUACUUUUUA